UCAGGCAGCGCGGGAGGAAGAUGGCGGCCUCCGUCUGGCGGCUGCUCUGGGCGGAGACUGGUCUGAAGCGGCGGCGGCGGCAGCUGAGCGCCGGGAGUCAGGUUUUCCAGGGUGUGGAAGGGCUGCUCUGCCCUGGGAAGUUGUGCGCCUUCGCUUCAGUGGUUCCUGUAAGAACAAAGAAGAGAUUUUUCGUCCCACCUCCUAAGAGAGACUUCAGUGAUCCGGAGAAGAAGGCCCGGGCGGCCGGUCUGGUGGCUCCCCAGGAGUACGUAGAACGUCCCAUCACCAUAUCGUGUUCAGGUGGGAUAUUCGAUCCGUACAUCCCCCCUGAGGGCGAUGGUCGCUUCUCAUCUCUGACGAAGGAAGGUCUGAAGCAGCGAGCUCAACAUAUCAGGCAAAGUGCCGCCUCGCAGCUUGCAAUCCGGAAGGUGAAAGAUUAUGACAACAAUUUCAAAGCAAGGGACUUUGCCUUGAAGGCUCAAGAGAUCUACAUCGAGGCACACAACUGCCUUGUAAAUUUUAACAAAGAGAAGCUUCACAGCCUUGUGACAGAGAGAUGUUACCCAGACAUGGUGCGAGGCAACAGGUACAAGACCAUUCGCUGGACGUUCACGGAGUCCCUGGAGCCUCCGCGGGUCGUGCACGUGCGAUGCCCUGACAUGAUCAACAAGGGGAACUUCUAUGGCCAAGUCACCGUCCGCAUGCACACCAAGCAGACUUUGGCAAUUUAUGACCGGUUUGGUCGACUGAUGUACGGCAUGGAAGAUAUUCCCAAAGACGUCCUCGAAUAUGUAGUGAUGGAGAGACACUUAGUCAACCCCUACGGUAUGUGGAGGAUGCACGGAAAGAUUGUGCCAGCGUGGGCCCCACCCAAAGACUCCAUCAUCAAGACCGUCAUGGUUCCCGGACCUCAGCUGAAGCCGCACGAAGAAUAUGAGGAGAUGAACCCGGAGGUGCCCAAACCUCACAACGCCUAGUGGUGAAAUGGAAGAGAGACUGUGUGUGGGGGAAGAGAUAUAAAAAACAACAGUCCCACUGCUGUGUCUCCACAGAUUUGACUCUGUAUAGAUCUCUGGACCUUGUGUUUCCCCCUUCGCUUCACAAUCAGACUGCCCAAUGUCCUGCUCCCAAAGUAUCGUAUCAGGAUCCAUUCUGGCCGCUGUUGGUUUGUAACCAUCCGUUUCCUUUUGGACCCGUUUCAGUUCAGAACGUGACGCUGAGAACCUCGAAACUCCAGGCUUGUCUCAACAGUAAAUUUAUGUUCGUUUUUGACUGUG